GACGAGGACGAGAGAGAGAGAGAUGGGGAGAACUCCUUGUUGCGAAAAAAUCGGGUUGAAUAGAGGAAAAUGGAGUGCUGAAGAAGAUGAUAAAUUGGUUAAGUACAUCAAGGCCAAUGGGGAAGGCUCUUGGAGAUCACUACCCAAGAAUGCAGGUUUGUUGAGAUGUGGGAAGAGUUGUAGACUGAGAUGGAUUAACUACUUGAGAGCAGAUGUGAAGAGAGGGAAAUUCACUCAACAAGAAGAGGAGACCAUUGUCAAGCUGCACAAGUCUUUGGGGAAUAGGUGGUCAGUGAUAGCAAGCCAUCUACCCGGAAGAACAGACAAUGAGAUCAAGAACUACUGGAACUCUCAUUUGAGUAGGACAAUAUACCGAUAUAGGUUCAUUAGUGAAGCCACCCUCUCUCCGGAAGACAUAAUCAAGAUAGCUAAGAACAAAGGUCGCAACAGCAAGAAUGCAUCCGAGCAGCCCCCGAGCUCGAAUGCCACGACAGUGUCAAGCAGUGGUACAAAUGCACUAAUGGUGUCACCCAUAAACGACGCAACACAAGGGAUGGAGUUGUUGGAGCCAUUCAUUGAAAUAGAUGAUGACAUAUUAAUGCAGCUCAACCACUUCUUACAAGACGAAGAUGACGAGGCAGCCCGGUGUCAGAACGAUGGGGAUAGAUUGACGAAUACAGGCAAUAGGACUACGAGUGAAGAGAGGGAUGGUGGCUGGGGCUCGGAUAUAGACAUGUAUGGUUGUUUGUCACCCAUCGUUUCGUUUUUCGGUGACGACCAUGUGAUGCAGUGGGAUCACAGCGGUGCUGGAGGCGACAUCAAUCUGUGGGACUCGUCUGAUUUGGGCAUACAAUCAGAAACUAGACAUGUGUGGUAAUUAAAUUGAUCAACUCUGAUAUUGGUUUUCUCAUGCAAUCAUAUUGAAUAAAGAAGACUGAUUGCAAUGUGGCAA